UCCCGGCUCGCGGAAGGCGCACACGGCGGAAGCGUUGUCGCCGAACCACAGAGUUGAAGAUCGGCAGCCCUGGACGAGGCCCCGCCAUGGCCGGCACCAAGGAACUCGUGGUGAGCGUGGUGCUGCUGUGCGCGGCCGUGGCCAUCUGCGCCACCGCCAUCCACGAGCUGGUCAUCAAGAGGCCGGCCUGGGACGGCGGGCACGCCACCGCCAACGGCACCGCCAACUGCACGGCGCGCACCCUCGGACAUCGCGGACACAGCGAUCCGGCCACGGCACUGCCUGUUCUGCCCGCCGCCCCCGCGGCGCCCGGCAGCAGGACCGCCAGGGCGACGGAGGGACGACAAGGCGUGCUGGACGACGCGGCAAGGCGCGGGAACGCGUCUGCAGAAGCCGAAGCGAAGCAGGAGUGAAGAGAGGGAGAGAGAGGACGGUUGCACGGGAAGAUGGGGCGCGCAGAGCAGCGAGUGCCAUCGUUGCAAAUUAGUGAAAGGAAACCGAUGCAUCGGUUCCCACCCCACGCUGUAGUUUCCACGCAAAUAGCACCCACUUACAGUGCCCCAGAACUCGCCAAGCCACAGAACAGAAGCCGGGGUAGCUCAGCUGGCUGGCUGCACGCUGCCAUUAGGAGAUUUGUUGUUGCCCGCCGCGAAGCUUGUCGGAAACCGAAGUCGAUUACUUUUCCCGUGUAGUGGCAGCCCAACUUGGCACAGGUGCCGGCUCGGGUGCUGGCUGGCCGUGGCGCUCCAGCACGGCUCCAGCCAGGAGCCGCUCCAGCCUUAUCUUAUCGUGUAGUGACACCCGUUGGCGUCGGCGGCAGCCUUGCCGCUGCGCCGCUGCAGAGGGUCCACUCCCAGGGCCAGGCCGGCCAGAGCGACGCGGGGCCCAGAGGUGCCAGAGCCCAGCAGACCCGCCACCACCUCCGCUUCAUGGGUCAUUGAAUGCCCCAGUUUGCACAGACCUUUUUCAAGAUCGCUGCGCACACCAUCACGCCCAUUGAUAGCACGUUGAAAC